AUGAUGUUAACGAAUAUAACAAAAAUAGGAAUAGUAAUUGACCUAAUUCUACUCAAAUAAUCACUUUAAGAACACUCAAGGCUAAGAUCUAUCAAAGAGUAGUACUUAUCUUGGUACAAGUUCAGACAAAAAAAGCUUUCUAAGCUUAUAUAUAUGAAAAUAGGAUUAAAUAUUAUUAUAAAAAUGUACUAAAAGGAAAUCAGCAUUCUAUAAAGCUAUCUUUUUUUAUUGUUCUACUUCUUUACUAGCAUAAUUAUUAAUAUAACAAGAAUAGCAAAUAAAAAUAAGAAACAGGGUAGUAUUGAGUAAAGAAUAACAUUAGCAAAUCCAAUGCUUUAUAAAUUAGGGUUAAUUUGGAUAAGCAAGCAAUCUAUAGAAAUUAUCUAUGAGUUUAGAGGAUCAACUAAUGAUAUUGAAGCAUCCUUGAUAGAAUUAAAAAUAUCAAUAUUAGUAAAUCCAUUAGAAGUUUGA